AUUUUAUCUGUGACGCCUCUCUUCCUUAUUAAAACAAUCAUCGCCCCCCUUUACGUACCCUUAAUCUCGUGGACGCUGCGACAUUUCAGAAUCUCGUCAUUCGCGACCUCUGCUCCAGAUUUUGAAUUGGGAUUCCAUGUUGGUGCGAGUGGCCCAGGCAGCCGAUCACGCUGCUGCUUCGCUGUGCGACAAACAUGGACCAACCGCGGCAUAUUGACGACUUGGCGGACGAGCUCAUUCAGAACAUCCUUUCCUUCUUGUUGGGCUUCGAUUAUCUCUCGCUCGAAACCUCCCCAACGAGUUCGCAUGACUCCUCCACUCCGCUCAAAGCCCAAUCCUCUCAUGUAUAUGGUGAGAAGUCUGAGUUGGACCGAUUCCGACUCGUAUGCCGACGGUUCAUGCGCAUCGGCACGCCGCAGAAAUUCCCUCGCUUUGUACUGCGGUUCUCGUCUGAGGGAUUUCGAAGGCUGGACGAAUUUCUGAGCAUGCAGCUAGCCUCCCAUGUUCGAAAUUUUACGUACAUGGUGCGACCUUUCUACCAAGGAAGCGGCUGGCCCACUGUUUCGGAGACGGUUGACACAGACAAUCUUCCUCUAGUAUCAACCCAUCGACGUCGCCUUCGCGAUCAGAAAUGCAUCAUCGAGGCGAAUCACGACCUGCUUUUCUUGCGCCGCGCGAUAGGGGCAUUCACAUCUCUCCAGCAGGUUAAGCUGCUGCGAUUACAGGACGAGGCGGACGAGCAAAUGCUGGAUUGGAUUCACGACCACUCGCUGGAAGGAACAACCCGUUUAGACUGGGAGCCAGCAUGUACUCGAGCCGUUACCAAUUUGGGCAUCUCUCUCUUGGAAUCGAAUUGUGAGGCCAUUCGUUUCGUGGGGCCGCAGAUCAGCCCCGAGGCGACCAUGAAAUUGUUGCAAGCUCCAUCGACCAGUCUUGCCGCACUGGGGGCUCGAUUGACGAGCCUAGAUAUUACAUUCUCCUCUACUAUGGAUCUGUCCACGCGCAUGCAUAGCUUAUCGAAUGUUUUUUAUGACUUUUUCAUGGCCGCCAAAAAUCUCACCGCGAUUCAUCUAGGCUUUCCAGCCCAUGCGCCGCUCAGCCUGCCGCUCGAACAGAUUUUCCAUCGUCUUCAAUGGAAACGACUUCGCACGCUAAGCAUCCAAGGCUGGCGUUUGAGCUCGGAAGAGGUGAUUGCGCUCAUCCGCCGCCACCGGCGACCGUUGCGAGACCUCCGACUCGCCAGCAUCUACCUCCGCCCGGGUGGACGCUGGCGCGAUAUCCUGGUCCUGCUCCACGACGAGAUGGACCAUCUGGAGCGUCUCGAUCUUCGGGAGAUUGAUUACGCGAGCCAUUUCGACGCCCACGACCACCACCAUCAUACACCCACGACCAUUAACGGCAACGGCGCGGGGAGCUCCCAAACCCCAACCCUCGCCCUCGUAGUGCAGCCCACGCUGCACUCCCCCCCGCGCGACGCCGUCUUAAAUGUGGAUUCACUCUCCUUUGCCCCACGCGGCAGCACACGACACUCCUUCGCAAGCGCAACACUGGAGCAACUGCGCACCUUCACCCCCGAGGACCUGGGCGACACGGGCGUCAGCGUGCGCCAGGACCAGUGGCUAUUCUGGAAGGCGUGGGUGCUGUCUAGUCAACGAAGUAAUGUCCAUUCGAGGGUUUAGCCCCUGAAUCCCAUGUCAUGUCGUUUUCAUGAAAAUGCGUUUCGUCUUCUGCCCGCUUUAUAGCCCUUGUCAUUUUUCCUUCUGUCUUUCCACUGCAACUGUAUGUAUGUCAGGGGCGUAGGUAGCAUUGAUGAAUUGGGGGUUUCGAUAUAGUAUUGUCAGACCAUUAGAAGACCUGGUUGGACCCUCUUGUGUUU